GAGUUGUGAAGCAGAUGAUCUUUCCAUGUGAACUCGCAUGCAGGACUCGGUCUUCCUCGCGGAAGGUUUUCGUUCUCCCCACAGCGACCAUAUUAACCUAUCUCUACUCCCUCUCCCCCAUAAUUUACCGCUUCCACCACCGCCUCACCUUCUGUUUCCUUCUCCAUCAAAUACAUAAAACUCUACGCGGCGCCCCCGAUGGCUCUUGCUCCAGCCGCCAGCCGACGGCGAUGGACCCUCGCCCUCGCAGCCGCCGGCCUCUCCGCCUACGGAGCCUACAGAAUCUAUCAUCUACCUUCCGUCUCCGCCAAACGCCAGAAGCUCCUCAAGCUCUUCAAGCUCCCUUUCUCCGUCGCUGAGGCCGUCUCCUCUUCCGCCGACGCUGUAAGUCUCCUAUCUUGCGAUCUCCAAAACUUCCUACGCUCACGCUCCGAUUCCGACGAAAUCCCCACAAGCUUCAAGCAACUCGCUAAAAUUGCGCGAUCCGAUGAGUUUUCAAUUUCAAUUUCUAGACUUUCCGAUGCCCUAGCGGUCGGAAUCAUUCGAGGUCUUCGCUCUGCUUUCGAUUCUCCGGUGACGGAAGCGCGGACAAGCUCAAGCUUCUCUGACAGGCUCCUUGACAAACUUUUCUCUGAUAAAGGAUCCGACUUUGCUUCGGUGGUGGCUGGAAGUUUUGCAAGGAACAUCGUGAUGGCCUUAUAUGGCAGAGGAGAAACAAGUAAUUCUUGCGAUGAUGUGCCAGCUUGGGUCAAUUUGAUGUGCACCGACAAAUGUAAGGAGCUGAUUGUCAACAGCAUCCAGCAGUUUGUGAAAACUGCUGUGUCUAUUUAUCUGGACAAGACAAUGGAUGUGAACACCUAUGAUCUUCUGUUCUCCGGCCUCACAAAUCCCAUCCACGAGGCUAAGGUGAAGGAUAUCUUGGUUUCUGUUUGCAAUGGUGCGGUUGAAACCCUUGUAAAGACUUCUCAUGUUGUGCUGAGCAGUUCAAAUUCAAGUUCAUCAAUGAACAGCAGAAAAGAUGCAAACCAAGUUUGUUUGCCUCAGAACUUGAUGAGUUCUGAUGAUAUAAAGAGUAAUAAUAGUAGUGGAUGGGUUGAGUAGAGCAUUCUUCUCCUUAUUGUACAGUUUGUUUUGGAUGUGACUGGUAGAGUCACAUUUGAAUCUGUAAGGUCUUUUGUUAAAUUCUUCAUGUGGAAUCUUCAAGAUGGCAUGAAGAGGAGUGUGAAUGUUGUUAAUGAGAAAGUUGUAGAAAGGGGUAUGGAUGUGAUGAGAUACUUAAGCGCCAAGACUAUGUUUGCUUUCAGCUUAUGUAUUGCACUUUGCAUGGGCGUUGCUGCAGGACAGAGAGUUUUGUUGGCAGCUUAAUUUGCCAACUUAUAGCUCCACUCAAGAACGCGAAAAAGCCAUGGAGCUACACCAAACCAAAAAAUUUUACUAUGAAGAAAAGAAGAAUGCAUAGACGACACCACACAUAGUUCCUCUCUAUUCUCAUGGAACUUACAAUAAUUUUGGGAUGCUUCUCUCUUGAUCGCAAGAGAGAAAUCGCUGAAAUCUACUCUCAAACUUGUAAAUCUCGCUCCACGUAACUUCGCACUUGUUACGCUCGCUGUCAAGUUAGUUUCGUGAGUAUCUGAAUUUGUAUGGAAACUAGGGUGUAAAUCCUUAACUGGAGAGAAAUCACUCCUGGUAUUGGAGCACCACUACCAGUAGCUGCCUUUCCACACGCUCGGGUCGCUCUGGUUGAAAUCACGAUACGGACGCCUCCACCCCUCUCGGGCACUGGAAUGUCGACUGUUCUGUUUUUGGACAUAAAAACAAGCAACUCGAGGUGCAGUUGCGUCUUGAAUGGGCACCGGACUUCCCAUUGCUCGAUGCACUGGGCGCCUGGGCUCCCCUACUGCCACCGGGGCUCCACUUAUGGGUGUAGGGCGUCUGGUCCCAUGGACUAGGAUCCUGGGGCACUGCCAUUGGGGCAUUGGAUUGUUGUGCUGGGCUCUGGAAGUCUGGGUAGGCAAACAGGCUUCAUAUUCUAACAGAAAGUAACAUGAGUAUCAAGCAAGAGAAAGAAAUAACUUUUAAACUACUUUUCUCCAUUAUAGAUUGACAUACAUAC